GACGACACAAUCAUUGCAGUGAUCCAACACAAAACAUUUCUGUGCUUUAAUAUUCCAACCUCAUCAACCCCUCGGAAACCCACCGCUAAAAUCCAACUCCAUCAUCGCCGACCAUCUGUCACCACGACUGACCCAAUCAACGGUCACUUUGUCUCCAUUUUCAAACUCCCUCCUCAUACAAACCCCUAUAUAUAUACAAACCGCUUCACUCAGCUUUGCUGCCGAACUGUCCAAACCUUGAACCCACUUUCUCUCUCUCUGAAAGUUCCUGAAACUUGACAAGUUUUGAAACCCAGAUCCCAAGUUGGGUCAUCAGUUUGCUUCAAGUUUCUUGUUUUCCAUAUUCAAGUUGGAAACUUCGAAUAAAAAACUCAAGAUUUGUGUUUGUUUCAAUUUUUCAGCUCGAAAACGAUUCCUUUAAAGAUUCGACGCCAUCUUGGACUUACCGGUCUGAGUUUGGUGGAAUUUCUAGAAGCAUCUGAAACUUGAAUCCAGCAACAAUGGCGUUGGAUUUGAGCUCAAUGGCAUCGGAAUCGGUGGGAAUGUUGAACACUUCCGAUCAUACUUCGGUUGUGUCCAUGAACCUCUUUGUGGCGCUACUUUGCGCUUGCAUAUUGCUUGGACAUUUGCUGGAGGAGAGUAGAUGGAUGAAUGAGUCCAUUACGGCGCUUGCGAUUGGAUUGUGCACUGGGAUUGUUAUAUUGCUGACCACAAAAGGGAAAAGCUCUCAUUUGUUAGUGUUUAGUGAAGAUCUUUUCUUCAUCUAUCUGCUUCCUCCGAUAAUUUUCAAUGCCGGGUUCCAAGUGAAGAAGAAGCAAUUUUUUCGUAACUUCAUGACAAUCAUGAUGUUUGGGGCUAUUGGCACUCUCAUAUCCUUUGCCACCAUAUCCUUAGGUGCUAUGCACUUUUUCCGCAAGUUCAGCAUUGGUGACCUCAACAUCGGAGAUUAUCUCGCACUUGGAGCAAUAUUUUCUGCAACCGAUUCUGUUUGCACCUUGCAGGUGCUUAAUCAAGAUGAGACACCUUUGUUAUACAGUCUGGUUUUUGGGGAAGGUGUAGUCAAUGAUGCUACAUCAGUCGUGCUUUUCAAUGCAAUCCAGAGCUUUGACCUCUCCCACAUCAAUACAAGCACUGUUAUGCAGUUUAUUGGAAACUUUUUAUAUCUAUUUGCUACAAGUACAAUGCUGGGAGUUGUAGCUGGACUACUUAGUGCAUAUGUAAUUAGAAAGCUCUAUUUUGGCAGACACUCAACUGAUCGUGAAGUUGCUCUUAUGAUCCUCAUGGCUUACCUUUCGUACAUGCUAGCUGAACUGUUUUAUUUAAGUGCCAUUCUCACUGUGUUCUUUUGUGGUAUUGUUAUGUCUCACUACACAUGGCAUAAUGUGACUGAAAGUUCAAGAGUGACAACUAAGCAUGCUUUUGCCACUCUAUCAUUUAUUGCUGAGAUUUUUAUCUUUCUUUACGUUGGUAUGGAUGCCUUAGAUAUUGACAAGUGGAGAUUUGUGAGCGAUAGCCCGGGAAAAUCCUUAGCGGUGAGUUCAAUACUCUUGGCACUGGUUAUGGUUGGAAGAGCAGCCUUCGUUUUCCCCUUAUCGUUCUUAUCCAACUUGACCAAGAAAUCUCCACAAGACAAGAUCCAUUUGAAGCAACAAGUUACAAUUUGGUGGGCUGGUCUUAUGCGUGGCGCUGUUUCUAUGGCACUUGCUUAUAAUCAGUUUACUAGGUCUGGCCAUACUGACCUGCGCGCAAAUGCAUACAUGAUCACCAGCACUAUCACAGUUGUUCUUUUCAGCACGGUGGUGUUUGGUUUGAUGACUAAACCCCUAGUGAGGAUCUUGCUUCCUACAUCAAAACACUUCACUAGUAUGACAUCUUCUGAACCUUCUAGUCCUAAAUCCUUCAUUGUGCCACUGCUCACCAACGGGCAAGAUUCAGAGGCCAACAUCAGGUCCGCGGACAUACCCCGCCCUACUAGUUUAAGAAUGCUUCUAAGCACUCCGUCUUACACUGUCCACCAUUAUUGGCGAAAAUUUGACAAUGCCUUCAUGAGGCCUGUUUUUGGCGGGCGGGGUUUUGUACCCUUCGUUCCAGGAUCACCUGUUGAACAAAAUGGUCAUCAAUGGAAUUGAGAGUUUAUGUUACAUACACAUAAAGCACUAAUUGUAUAGGAUUCAUAGGUUGGGGCUUGAGGUGGGCUUUCAGUGUGCAUUUGUUUUUGAAAAGGCAGUGUGCAUUUGUUUAUAAAUAGGAGAUUUUGAAGUGAGUGGUGAGCGGUAACGACACUAGAGAAGGGAUGAGCUGUUGUAAGUUGUAACCUGUGGUGAUUCAAUGAUUUUCGAGUAUACAUAGUUUGCUGAUAAAGUAAAUUCCAUGACA